GAUUUUGCGUCGAGUCUCUGUGCGACUGACCCGCCCAGACUCGCUGGCAAACUGCCUGUGCCCCACUGGGCUGAUACGGGGACAUUCCUGAUAUUGUUUCAGAAUCAGUUAAGGAUUCUCCACCUCCCGCUUAACCAGUCCCAUUCAGUGCAAUCUCACAGUGAGCCCACUCUUCAGUCUGAUUCCUGCACAGAAUCCUGCGUGAGUCGAUUCUGAAAUACUGGACUGUGGACCAUUGAUUAUUUUAUGAAACAGAAAAAAAAUCAUUCAGUCAAGCUAUACUGAUUAAGUCAUGAUCAUUGACUAAUGAUGCAGGGCUACAAGCUGGAAAACAUUGACUGCUUUAAUUUCCAAUAUAAUCACUGUUCCAAAAGACCGUGUAAGUUUCAACAUCGACAGAGCUGCAAGGAUUCAUCAGAGAUUUGUCUGGACUGGUUUCGUCACAGGAAAUGCAGAAACAAAGUGUGUCCCAGGAAGCAUUUGAACCACGAGGUGAUGGUGGCAUACUUUCUGUGCCUAGCGGAGAAAACGGCAAAUCACUGUUUACAACUAACUUGCCCCAUGUACCAUGCGAAAGCCCGACAGUUCAUUGAACAUGGAAUAAUACCACCAGAUCCAGUUCCAACUGUGUCUAAAGUCAAAAGGAAGAAAAUGGUGCACUUUGUACAAUGUGAAAACCCUCAGGUGCAAACUGUGGUCAAAAGUGGAUUUCAGCUUUUGGACAAGGCUCGUUCAUUCUUUGCAAAUUCUGUGCGAGAGGGAAAGCUCACGCAAGAUAGAGGAAGAUCCUACUUCAAAGAGAUAUUGCACACAAUAUUAUUUUGUGGGAACAUUAAUGAUCCUGCCAUUGAACCCAACUUAUUUUUUACAAAAAAAGAACUUGAGGUAUUAUCUGCCAAGUACCCAGAUGUCUUCCGGGAUUACAACACCCAUCUUCCAACGCGCCCUCCCUUCACGGUGCUACUUGAUGCUGUUGUUGAAGUCUUGCAAACAAGAAAAGCUGAUGAGGUUUUGAAGCUCCUGUUGCAUCUGACUGAACAAAUGGUUCUGGAACUUCCUGAUGCUAAAAGUAACAAAUGUGGAAAUAUCUUUGUAUCAACAGCCAUCAGCUACUGCUAUUUUUGGAAUCUUCACAUCACAAAUGAGAAAACAGACAAUUAUUUUGGUGCUUCAGUGUCAUGUAGAGGAAGACAGCAGAAAGAAAUUAUGAUUGAUAUAUUGUGCUGUAAAACGUGGCACCAGGGUAUUAGCCUGGCAGUAUGUAUUGGCAACUGGUAUAAAAACCAAUGUCUUUUGUUCCCUGAAGCCAUGUACUCCAUGGCUUACAAUAUAACUUUCAGUAAAGAAAGCCCUUCUGAAGCAGGCACUGCAUCAAACAAUCAACAUGAACACGCUGUGGUGAGAUCAGGAGAUGUCCAGAACACUGAUGGUCCAGAAAAUAACUCGACUGUUAAGCAACGUGCAUAUUUAAAACCCAGAGCACCUUGUGAGAGAUGCCUCAGCAUGUUCCCGAACGUAAUUUAUCAUCCAAGGCCAGAACACUGUGAACAUCCAUAUUGGGAAUAUGGGAACUGUGCUGAGUGUGAAUCCUUAAGCCAGCUUCUGUAUGCAAACCCGCAAAUUGCUAUGAGGCUUGGGUAUUUUGUACAGAGAACAAUUCUGUACUCUCCAACCAAACAAGUUCAUCUACCAAAUGAUCUGAUUCUUAGAAAACACCGAAGACUCAUAGAAAAUCUCAAAUCCCUAGGGUUUAAUGUGGGUGACCAUUUAUCAUUUUACGAUCCAUCUGGUGCAGACAGUACUGCACUAGAAGUAUUUCAGUCUUGACAGUAUAUUUUCAAAUAGACUUUUUUCCAUAAUUCAAUGAAUUUCUGUAUCAUAGAUUGCAGGAGAGAAAUUGGCCUUUUAAGUUUUAAGUGUAGUGGACAAUAAAACUGUUUGCUGAGGUAUCCCUUGCACUCAGCAUUGCUAGGAUGAAAAUGGUAGAACACAUUAAAUAAUGCCUCAUUUGCAUAUCAUCAUGAAAUGCCAGCCUGUAAAUGUAUCCCAAAUAGCAGCAAAAAGAACAAGGACCAGAAAGAGUGUUCACAAUGUUGUAGAAUUUCAUAGUCUGUUUGUGGAGUUGCAAUUAAGUUGUUGCAAUACAACAAUACAUUGGAAGUUUUCAUCUUCAUAUUAGAAUCACUUCACAGUCUCACUCUUACUUAUCUCCGCACACCAUUCCUACAAUCCACUUAGAAAAUCAGUUUUCAUCAAUCCGCUUGUCCAUUCACUAUGUUGUUGGCAGCUGUGCCUUUUGCUAUCUAAGUGCUCAACUCUGGAGUCUCACGUGAAACUGCCUUUCCAAAUUUUCUGCUUUUUUUUAAGAGCUAUCUAAAAAUCUAGCUCUGACCAAGCUUCAGUCACCCCUCAUAAUUUCUACUUCUUUGUCUUAGAAUCAGUUUGGCCUGAUGAAGCACCUUUCAAUGACUAAGAAUGUACCAGAGACUGUCAAACCAGAAAUGAUAGCUCUUAAAUGUAAGCAAUGUACUUACUUCUGUGUGUUCAUGAAGAGAAAGUAGGUGUUGCUCUAAAUCCAAGAAAAGUAGUUGAGCUGCUACCACUCCAGGAUACCCUUUUAUGCAGCUGCAAGACCAUCUCAAACUUCCCCUUUCUCCACCCGAUAACGUACUUUGUUGGUUUUUUUUGACUGUCUGCCUUUGUGUUGCCUGGUAUUGUGCCAGCCUGAACUCUGCAGGUUGCCACUGGGCAUCCAUUUGAGGAGAACAUUUUGCUGGCUCCAUUUACAUGAGGCUUUGCCUUAAAGUGGUCUAUCAGCCACCACCCUCCCUAACUGCCCGAUGGACCACUCUUGAAAUUUUCCAUUCAGUCAUAGAACACUACAGUGCAGUACAGGCCCUUCAGCCACGAUGUUGCAUCAGGAAGUUUAAGCUCCUUUUUAUGACAAAAAUUAUAAUGAAACUUGGAAAGAAAUUUUAAAAAAUUACUUGCAAUGCCGCCAAUUAUCAGGAACAACGGCAGGUACCGCAUUAAAAAUAUUGCAACUAAAUGCUGUAAAAUCGCGAAAACAACUCUCCAUUUCAUGAGUGCUGUGCGUGUGGAGUAUUGUGAGCAGUUGUGUUUCCCUCAUCAAAGAUGACAAUGUAUCUACAGAGAGACUUCAAUGGAGGAGCACCAGAUGAAUUCCUGUGAUGACAGGACUGACUUUUGAGGAGAGAUUCAGGGCAGUAGGCCUGUAUACUCUAGAGUUCAGAAGAAUUUGAAAAGAUUGCAUAGAGGUUUACAAGAUAAUUAAAAGGAUGACCAAGGUAGAUGCAGGAAGCAUGUUUAUCUUGGCUGUGUGCUCUGGGUGGGAGUGGGCAGGAAGAUUCUGGAACCAGGGGAUACAGUGUCAGAGGCAAGCCAAUUAGGAAUGAAGUUAGGAGACACAUUGGUUAACUCAGAGGCUAUUGACAUUUGUAUUUCUUUACCUUCUGCUCUCAAAAGAAGGUCCCCAGAUCAUACCAAAAUAUAAAUCAAACCCACAUUGUUGGCAUUAUUCUGAACCACACCCCAGUCAACUUAGCUAACUACCCCCACAACCUUAAAUAUGUACAAUGUUUGAUGAAUUGGUUUAUCAAUAAGGUUUACUUAAAUUGCUCUCUUUAAUUAACCUGGAAAUAUCGCUUUGAGUUAGAUAUUUAUGUGAACAUCAUGUAUACUAAGUGCCAUUAAGAAAUUACACAUUAAU